UCAGCCGGUCACACUGGUGAGAAAAAAAGAAAAAACAAAUCCGUUCCGUUUGUGGAAAAACAUUUCCGAGGAAAAGUAAACAGCACGGCUUGCAUUUCGCCCAGUGUCAGCACAUUCCGAUUGCAGUUCGCGACUCUCCAGCACGGAAACCCACUGUACAUUCCGCUCAGGAAACAAUUCGAGCUCUGCAAUAUGUCGUCCGAGGAGCUGGCGCCAAUUAACGAGCAGGACUUCAAGGAUCUCAAGGAGCGCAUGAAAUUGAUUGUGGACGCGGAUCCAAAGCAGUAUCAUAAUGACUUUUCACUGCGCCGCUAUCUGCGCGCCUUCAAAACCACAGAUGACGCAUUUCAGAGCAUUUUUCCACUUCAGGCCAUUCUGAAGACCAACAAAUGGCGCGAAACGUAUGGCGUGGACAAGCUGGCCGAGAUGGACCGCAGCCAGCUGGAGAAGAAGGCCCGCUUGCUGCGCCACCGCGACUGCGUCGGUCGUCCGGUGAUCUACAUUCCGGCCAAGAACCACAGCUCGGAGCGGGACAUCGACGAGCUGACGCGCUUCAUCGUCUACAACCUGGAGGAGGCGUGCAAGAAGUGCUUCGAGGAGGUCACCGACCGCCUGUGCAUUGUCUUCGAUCUGGCCGAGUUCAGCACCAGUUGCAUGGAUUACCAGCUGGUGCAGAAUCUCAUCUGGCUGCUGGGCAAGCACUUUCCGGAGCGCUUGGGCGUUUGUCUGAUCAUCAACUCGCCCGGACUGUUCUCCACCAUUUGGCCGGCAAUUCGCGUGCUGUUGGACGACAAUACCGCCAAGAAGGUGAAGUUUGUGGCUGACGAGGUCGAGCUGUGCCAGUACCUCAUCCCGGACAUCCUGCCAACGGACAUGUAAGGCUUCCGCCUCGAAUUCAGCAUGCGACGAAGCUUCUGCUUGGCGUAGACAUAUCUCCAAAGAGAACCGAAACCAGUACCUAAGUUUGCAAGGAGGCUUCUGAGAGCUUUUAUCCAGUACAGUACUCUAUCUGUAAAUCGAUGUGUUUAACAAGUUGAUUGUAAAAUGUAUUCUAUUGGACAC